GUCCCGAGAGAGAGAGAGAGAGAGAGAGAGAGAGAGAGAGAGAGAGAGAGUAAAGCAAUGGUGGUUCUGCGUUCAAAUAGAAAGGGAAUUAUUGGUUGUUAUGAUCCUUCACUUGAUCGCAGCGUUCGUUCUUCUUCUCCAUCUAACUCCAAAAGAUUGCGUUCCACGGAGUCUAACUGGCCUGAUCCAGAAUACCUGGUUAAGAACCCCAUAAAGAAACGUAAGUACACAGCUGAACAAGUUCGAGAUGCAACAAGGCCGUAUGUAGAUGAUGCCUUGAGGUUCUAUAACAAAGAAGCAGGGACAAACUAUAAGCUGGUGGAGCCUGGUUACCUUACAUCUGUGCUUCUUAGGACAUGCAUUCUUCACCAUAUCGACUUCACGGCAAAAGAGACUGAUGUUGCUGAUGCUCCAGAGGAGAUGUUUUUCGCCGAACUGACAACUCCCAGAGAGGAUGUUCUGGAAGCUACCAGCGGGGAGAAUCGUUGGGUCAAGUUUUGCAAAAACAUGGGGGCAAAAGACUUAAUUUCAGGAGAUAAAAGAAACGGCUGCUGUUAUUGCAGGGAUGAAAAUGUUCAGCAUCCUAAGGGUGGAGGAUUCUCGCGUGGCGGUCGUGGAUUAUUCCGUGAUGAUGAGUCUGAUCCUUCACUUGAUGGCUUUAAAUGUUUGCGCUCAAGGGUUGUGCCAGCCAGGUCUCCAGUAGAAUACAUGGUUGAAGCCUUGUGUCUCUAUAACAGUCGACUAGGUUCAAAAUAUGAGCUGGUGGAGCCUGGUUGCAUUACGAAGGUGCUUCUUGAGACAUGCACUCUUUACCAUGUCAACUUCACGGCAAAGAAGACCGAUGUUGCUGAUGCUCCAGAGGUCAUGUUUUUUGCCGAACUGACAACUACCUGUGGGGUUCCUUCUUUCAACCUUUGCAAAUGCAUGGGGCCAAGAGACUCGAUUUCAGGAGAUAGAAACAACGGCUGCUGUUAUUACUGCAGUCUUGAAAAUAUUCAUCAUCCUAAGUGUGGAAGAUUCUCGCGCGGUGGUGAGGGAUUAUUCCUUGAUUGUGGACAGCGAACUUUUUCUAGUUAUAGUUGAUAUCUACAGAAAGUACCUUAGCUGGAAUUGAGAUCUCAUUUACUAAUGCCUAACAGUUUCAUCGUUAGCCUUGUUUUCCAUGUUGUUGCAUCGUUGAUCACCCGAAUGCUGGUUACAUAGUGGUUUCUGCUGUAGAUGGGUUAAGUGGUGGUAAGAAAGUUAAAGAAGGUGCAACUAUGGGGUUUCAUAAGAGAAGCCCAAAUACAGUAGCAGUAUUAUGAAAUGAAAGGAAAAAAAAAGGUCUUUUCUUGAAGUAAUUUCGUAGUGAUUUAGUUUUACCUGUUCUUUGAUCCUUGUAUAUUUUUUCCAUGUUGUAGCGAGUUCUUGAUUGUAGCUCGCCUUUGAUGUACAAAGUCAAAUUUGAAUACACGCAUAAUAAUAAUAGUAACUUCUUGAAUUUUUUUCUA